ACAAGUAUAUAAGUAACCUAGGGGAAUUAAUCUUAACAGGAACCUCAUAUGGAAAAUUCGCUGUCAUCUCAAAUGUCAUAAUGGCGCUUCAAAUUAACAGGAAAGUUAAACAUCUAGCAACUCUUAAUAACCAAUUUCGCUUUCUAAUCGACGACAAGUAUGUAGUAUACGUAACCGUUGAACCGGAUUUAUUGCCAAACGAUGAUUGGUCGUUCAUAAAUUUUAUCUCAUUUCCCCCUGGUGACUGGAAUCAGGGUCACAUUUCGAAGGACCAACAUACAGGCAGUUUAGGUUUUUCCUCUAUCUCAUAUAACAUUGUCCCAGGAGUCAAGAAUAUAUGGCACCAGACACAGAUCGAUCAUUUAGAAUUUGAGCAGCCUUGCUCUCUAAGCCAGAACAUUCGCAUAGUCACGCACCCCUUCUUCCGCGAUCCGGUAAUAAUCAAAUUUGCUUCGUUUCCCUGUCAGAUAGAUUAUAUUGAGACCGAAACAAUCAUAUACAAUCGUCUUCAAGGCACAGGAAUUAGCCCUGAGUUUUUAGGUCACGUAACGGAAGAGGGUAGGGGGGUUAUCGGAUUCGUCUUGGAGCUCAUCGCAGGCAGCAGGCCAGCGGAGCCUCGAGAUCUAACUAUCUGCCAAGAUGUCUUAGCAAGACUACAUGCCCUAGGUAUAAAGCAUGGCGAUAUUCACGGGGGCAACUUCCUCGUCCGAGAGGGAAAAGCACUUCUAAUCGAUUUCGAGAUAUCACAUUUGUGCGAUGAAAAAAAGGAACUUGAGCUUGAAUAUGAUCAUCUUACAAAGCUACUCGGCGGAUGCAAAAGGGGUAACUAAGGAGCGCCGGUUUAUAAGCUUAGAAACUGCUCUUUAUUGAAGUAAAUGUUG